UGCUURGACAUAGCARAGAAGUGUCCUGCACUCAAAGAUCUUUUGAUGGAGCCUAUUGAUCUUGAUAGACAUCCCGUGCUCAUUGAACCCUGGAAAUCGGUUUCUAAGACGCAUGAACGCUAUCUGGCUAAGGUAGCAAGGCAUCUCGAAAGCGAACAUGUGGAAUCAUACUGGUACCACAAAGACCAUUUGGCAUUCGGUUCAUUUGGUGCUGUAUUUGCAGGAAUCAAUGAGAAAGAUGGAAGAGAAGUGGCCAUCAAACGUAUUGAGAAGAUACGUAUGCAACGCCCAGAAGACAAACGAGAAAUAAAACAUCUCACUGCUCUUGCAGACUGCGAGCAAGUCGUCCGCUAUUUGUGCUUUUAUGAAGAUAAACACUUUUCUUAUAUUGUCUUGGAACUGAUGGAGGGAAAUGUUGAGCAGUUCCUUAAUACUGCAAUACAAAUGGAAACUAAAGUCUCGCUUUGCCAAGAUAUAGUUCAAGGACUGAAAUUCUUACACGAUCAAAACAUCCUUCAUCGAGAUCUCAAGGCAACCAACAUUCUUUAUAAAACGACUCCUAAACUAUGCUUGAAAAUUGCCGACUUUGGUCUCAGCCGUCGUAUGGAUACCAAUAGCUCAAGCACCUCAGUGUAUGGAUCUAAUGUUGGUACGAGAUGUUGGAUUGCUCCAGAAGUGCUAACCUCUAAAAAACCUCAUUCCAAGUCAUCUGAUGUGUUUGCCUGUGGUCUCCUUCUUCAUUACAUUUUGUCAGCGAAAACACAUCCAUUUGCCCCCAGAAUAGGGGCACUGCAACACGAGAUUGAAGUCAACAUACAAAAUGACAACAUGGAAGGAUGGGAUGACUCUCUGUGCCCUGAAGCAGCUGAUCUCCUUAAAGCAAUGCUUGAUGGAGAUAAAAGCAAACGGCCAUCUGCAGAUAAAGCAUUGGAUCAUCUUUUUUUCUGGGCAAAGAAGAAAAAGCUAGAUCUGCUCGUAGCUGUUGGCAAUCAACCAGAAUUUGAAUCCCCACGUGCUAAGAGGCCUCCUCCUUUAACUUUAGUAGAGACUGACUUGGAGACAAGCUUUGGUACCAUAGUCAAGUAUGGAGAUUGGAAUGACCCAGGUUAUGUACACAUGCCUGCCAUUUACACUAAAAUGACAACAAGAAGAACAUACCAAACGAACCCUGUAGUAGAGUUGGUACGUUUCAUACGAAAUGCUAACGCACAUGUGACUGCAUUACCAAAGCCAAUUCGAGAUCAGUUGCUGAAAGACUUUGUGUUCUUUGAAUAUUUUCCAAAUCUUGUGAUGGAAGUCUACAAGGCUGUAACCACUAAUGGAUGGGAUCAGACGAGAGAAGAGAUUAAGCAAGUAUUAAGGGGAUGAUUUGGAGUUAACACAAGGAUCACAGAAUGAACUACCACAAGAACCGCACUAAAAAAGUGAUAAAAAUAUUUAGACAAUAAACUAUAUAACACUGACUAUAAUCAAAGACUAGAUCAAAGUCAGCUGAUACAAGAGACCAGUAUACAGAUAGUAUAUUGUUAAUAAUGUUAAGACAAGUGUACCAUUAGACAAUCAACACUGACUAGAAUCAAACGAAGUCUGUACAAGACUAUAGAUCAAGGUCAGUUGAUACAAGAGACCAGUAUACAGAUAGAAUAGUGUUAAUAAGGUUAAGACAAGGGUACAUUAGACAAUCAACACUGACUAGAAUCAAAACCAGGUGCGAGACUAGAUCAAGGUCAGUUGAUACAAGAGACCAGUAUACAGAUAGAAUAGUGUUAAUAAUGUUAAGACUAGGGUACAUUAGGCAGUCAACACUGACUAGAAUCAAAACCAGGUGCGAGACUAGAUCAAGGUCAGCUGAUACAAGAGACCAGUAUACAGAUAGAAUAGUGUUAAUAAUGUUAAGUCAAGGGUACAUUAGACAAUCAACACUGACUAGAAUCAAAACCAGGUGCAAGACUAUAUCAAGAUCAGCUGAUACAAGAGACCAGUAUACAGAUAGAAUAGUGUUGAUAAUGUUAAGACAAGGGUACAUUAGACAAUCAACACUGACUAGAAUCAAAGCCUGUACAAGACUAGAUCAAGGUCAGUUGAUACAAGAGAC